UGAGCAGCAUCUACCCGUUUGAUACCACGUUAACUGCCAUGUUCAAAAACUAUAGAAUCGUGGGAGUUACAGUUUUACUGUAGUUUGCUUUGCCAAUUAAUGCUGGUGCAGGUGCAUUCAGUGUCAAUGAGUGAAAUCAAAUUCCAGCCCAUUCGCAGAGGCAUGGACAAAGACAACGGCUUUAUUGCGCAUUAAUUGCUCCUGUAGAUACAACAACAGGAAUCUCCUUGGGGAAACUGACUUUUGCUGUGUGAGAAUGGCUUCCUUGAAGGUACCAGUCAUUGAUGUCCAGAAUGAUAAUUUCAAAGAACUCUGGCCAUCCAUGCUCCUGGCCAUCCAAACGUCUAGCUUUGUAGCUGUUGACACGGAACUUAGUGGACUUGGAUCAAGGAAGAGUUUGUUGAACCAAUGUAUUGAAGAGCGCUACAAGGCUGUUUGUACUGCUGCCCGAACACGCUCCAUUUUAUCUCUUGGAAUUGCUUGUUUCAAGCAGCAACUUGACAAGACAGAAAACACAUACCUUUCCCAAAUCUACAAUCUGACCCUGCUUUGCAUGGAGGAUUAUGUCAUUGAACCACAAUCAGUUCAGUUCCUGGUACAACAUGGCUUUGACUUCAACAAACAGUAUUCUCAGGGGAUUCCCUAUCAUAGGGGCAAUGACAAGGGAAAUGAAAAUGAGAGCCAGACUGUCCGUACUUUUUUCCUGGAACUGAUUAAGGCUCGAAAGCCUCUCAUCCUACAUAAUGGCCUAAUCGAUUUGGUCUUCUUGUACCAGUGUUUCUAUGCUCAGCUACCUGAUAACUUGGGUACCUUUACUGGUGACCUUUCAGAGAUGUUCCCAGCUGGUAUCUAUGACACCAAGUAUGCUUCUGAGUUUGAGACACGUUUUGUGGCUUCUUACUUAGAGUAUGCCUACAAAAAGUGCAAGCGAGAAAAUUGCCGAUUGAAAGACUCCAAGAAGGAGCACCUCACCAUAGAGUUCUGCAACUACCCUGCCAGCAUAGCUUCCUAUAUUGACUACCGCCUCUGUUCUUUGUCUGAUAACAGCCAACCUGGAAAUGACACUGUAAAUAAAGUCACUAUCUGCCAGACAUUUUCUGCCUACGGCUGGUGCCCAGAUGGGCCAAGGUGUUCACAGUCCCACAACAUUGAACUAAUAAUUACUGAAGAUGAAAAUCACAAAGAGGGGAAAAGGAAGAAGAGAAAGCCGAGAUGGAGGCAUCGGAAGAUUGCUGCAGAUCCUUCUAACAAACCUGAGUUGGAAAGAGCUGAGAAGAAUGGGAGGGAAUCUUGCAACAUGGAAGAUGGGCCACCCUCCAAACAGACGUGUCCUAGCAGCACUACUGCUGCUGCGGACAGUGUAGGGACAGGACCUACCUCCAGCAAUGAGGAGAGUUUUAUGGAUGUGGAACGGGAUAGUGCGGGUGAUACAAAAAUGGAUGAAGAACAAAUCAAUUUGGCAGACAGUGAGGACUCCACUUCCUCACCCUCCCGAGAUGGUGAACAGAAGGAGGGAACAGGGCCUGAAGGAACAAAGCCCAGGGCCGAAGUCGAGAGUGCAUUGGCAACGGAGUACUUACCGGGCACAGACAACCCAGCAGUGUCUCUGUCUUGCAGUUCAGAGGGAGGUAUCCACAGGGCUGGGUUUGAUGCCUUCAUGACAGGUUACAUAAUGGCAUAUGUACAUAUGCUCAAGAGUGAUGAACACACAGGCUCAAAUGAAGGGCUGUGGCUGCCGGAUUGUCACAACAAACUGUACCUCAGUGGGAAGUCGGUGCCACUUCAGAUUGUAAAAAGUUUAUUUGCAAAACCCUCCAGAGGUCACAGCCAGAAGAUGAAAUUGGCCUCGCUCAGUAUGUAAGACAAGGAGACUUCCUAUGGCAGACGGCACAUGAGAGCAACUUCUAGCCACAGUCCUCAAACUACCUAGUAGCUACUUGGGAUAGCAGGUAUAAGAAACCAAAUGCUUGUAUCUGAUUUAGUUUUUUUAAAAAUAUGAAAAAUUAAAUAACGUUAUACAA